GGACCAGACAGAGCAAACCAGAACAGGGGAGCACACUGCCUGACUAAACCCACCAAUGGUGGAUGGGGGCAACUCCAGAGAGCAGCCAGCCCAGCCAGAGAGCUGAGCGUUUUUCAGAGUACCCAGGCUCUCUGGAUCUCCACGCGGAGUACUGAAUCAUUGAACUCAGCUUACAGCUAUCCCCGUUCUCUGGCUGUUGCCCAGAUCUGAGAUAGCACAUACCCAGACUGCUGACGCUGAGAACGUGUGGUUGGAGCCUGCCUGAGAGACGGACAGUGAGGGACAGAGCUGACAGGUGCUGAAGAGAAAAUGAAAGGGGAGACGGAGAGAAUAUGACAAAUCGUGUUAGAGAACUGAAUCUGAAACUUGCUGAAUCUCAGCUGAAUUGUGUGUGCACACAGAAAACCAGACAGGCGUCCAGCUGGGCUGCCACAGGGACAGGACAAGUUGGACAUGGAGCUAUUUCUAAGAGACGGCGAUGCCGACGACCCCAAAAGGGACAGAUCUGGAAGCUGUGUGGAGUUCUACCAGGUUAACCAGAUGAAGACCCUGGCCCAUCGAAGACAGUCCGCCCCCUCGCUGGUCAUCACUAAAGCACUUACUAAAACACGAAGCAUGUCCAGGGAGAGCUGUGUGGUCCCGGUCAGUCCAGAGACAUGCCCCCUGGUGCAGGCGUUCCUCUCUCCAGGGAGGGUGUUCCUGGCCCACGCCCACACCCAACUGAAGACUGGCCUGCAGACACAGGAGAGACACCUCUUCCUCUUCAAUGACACACUCCUCAUCGCAAAAGCCAAGUCAUCCACUCAGUUCAAGCUGAAGGCUCGAGUGCGCGUGUGUGAGAUGUGGACGGCUGGCUGUGUGGAGGUGGUGUGUGAAGGCAGCUCCAGUCAGGACAGGAGCUUCGUAAUGGGCUGGCCCACCUUCAACUGUGUCGCCACAUUUAGUUCUGUGGAGCACAAGGACAAGUGGCUUUCACUCAUCAAAAGUCGAAUAAAUGAAGAGAAGGAGAAAGACGACCCCAAGACAAUCCCUCUGAAGAUAUUUGCCAAGGAAAUUGGGAACUGCGCAUACGCCAAGACCCUUGCAGUCAGUAAUUCGGACUGCACCACAGAUGUAAUCCAAAUGGCACUGCAGCAGUUUGGCAUUUCGGGCUGUGUGAAAGACCACCAGUUGUGGGUGAGUUCCAGUAAAGAUGACUCGCCCUAUCCUCUGAUUGGUCAUGAGUUUCCGUUCAGUAUCAAGAUGAGCCACAUUCGGGAUGGGGGAGGAGGAGUUGGUGGAGGAGUUACUCCUGUUCUGGAGGACCAGGGGGUGCGACUGCUGGACCAGUGUCUCCCUCCAGACCACCAGUGCCAGUUCAUUCUCAAGCCGAGCCGCGUGAGCCCCAGACAAGCUCCGUUCAUAGAGCCGGAUCAGAAGUCCUUCAAGAGGAAGAGGUCGCUGAUAAACUGGGCCUUCUGGAAGGGUUCGGGUACCCAGCUGGACGGGCCCCCUCUGUCCCCAAGCUCCCCGUCGCCCUCGCCGGGACGGCUGUUCGGACGGUCCCUCUCCUCCGUCUGCCCCGCUGACCACGCCCUGCCCAAACCUGUCCUGGACAUGCUGGUGUUUCUGUACCAGGAGGGCCCCUACACCAGGGGGAUAUUCCGACGCUCCGCGGGGGCCAAAGCCUGCAGAGAGCUGAGGGAGCGGCUGGACAACGGGACGGAGGAGACGCACACCGUCUCACUUGAGUCGGUGUUCGUAACGGCGGCAGUGUUUAAGGACUUCCUUCGCAACAUCCCGGGCAGUCUGCUGUGUGUGGAUCUGUAUGAGCAGUGGGUUGGAGUGAUGGAGCGAGUUGAUGAAGAGGAGAGGACACAGGCCAUCCAGAGGCUGGUCCGUCUUCUGCCCGGCGAGAACCUGUUGCUACUCAAACACGUGGUCGCCAUGCUCCACUGUAUCCAAGGAAACGCUGAUGACAACCAGAUGAACGCUUUCAACCUGUCGGUGUGCAUCGCUCCCAGCAUGCUCUGGACCCCGGCCCCUUGUAGUCCGAAGGGGGAAGGAGAGGCCACAAAAAAGGUCUGUGAGCUGGUCCGCUUCCUGAUUGAGAACUGCAACAAGGUCCUGGGAGACGAUGUCACGUCACUGUUUGGUGGGUUUCCUCAGAAGAGUAACAGCAGCGACCACGGAUCAGACGUGUCCUCUUUCCAGAUGAAUGACUCGUCCUAUGACAGUCUAGAAAACGAGUUGAACGACGACCCAGAUUCACCCUUCCAGGAGUCUCUCCCUCUGAGGGACAAGGCCAAGCCAGACAGCCGAAGUAGAGACUCGGUUAUCACCCUGAGCGACUGUGACCCCGACCCUGACCCUGAGGCUGACCUCCUACAACUCCCCUCACUGGCCAGACCCAGGAAGUUCUCCCCCGCUGUACGCCAACCUCGCCCACGCCAGUCCUUCGUCCAAUCACAGGGCCCCCUGAGGGUACGGCGCAGUUCAGAGCCCGCUCUCGGACACACCCCAGGAGCUUUGAUCAUCCAGACGGAUAAGCACCAUUCGGCGUCACGUAAAGCAAGCUAUGAUGCAACGAUGGAGGGAGAGGAAGAAGAAAUGGACGAGGAAGAGGAGGAGGAGGAGGAUGAAGUGUUUCUGGCGCAGGGUCUCAGGAGUCUCCAGCUUAAAAAAGACAAAGUAGUCACAGGAUUAGAGAGAGGAGGGGUUGGAACUCUUGGGCGAAGGAAGCUGAAGCACGGCCCGCCCCCUCCUUUACGACUGGACGCUAGCUGCUCCAGCCAUUCGUCCCCGGCAACUUCCCCAACAGGCUCCUCCCUUAGCUCCCUAGACUCCGCCUUCUCACAAUAUUCCACAGACUAUGUAACCGGUGCCGGCGUCCCAUUGGCUGAGCCUUCCCUCCGCUGCCCCAGCAGCUCACCUCCCAGUAGGGACUCAGUUGACUGGAACCAGAGCCAGCCACUCCACUCCCCCAGGACCCCCUCCGCCCACCAUGGCCUGCACCCUAACACUUGGCUAAAGAGGGACCGCCGGCUGUCACUGCGACAACCCGACAACGGGCAGCUGGAGGAGGAAGCGGGGGAGGGGGAAAGCAUCCUAAAAGUCCCAGAGGCUAAGCUUGUGGAGGUCAAAGGUGUAGAGGUGAGCCCCAAGAGGAGGUCCAGCAGCCCUCCGUCCUACCAGCAGGCUAUCUUACAGCUGCAGAAGAGUCGGCCUCCCUUCUACAGAGGCACUGAGAAACACCUCACCAUCAGAGAGUUACGCCUGCUGCAUGACCAGGCCUGCGACCUCACCCGUAGACCCCCCACGGGAGGUGAGGUCAUCCAGCCUCCCCAGAGCGUGUUCUAUGGACAGAGUGGCUCCAUACUGACCCUACAGAGGCAGAAGUCUCACUCCAUCACCCCGGACAUGGAGGCCGGCCACAAAGUCGUGGCUGCACCUCGCCGAGCCUCUGAGCCCUGCAGGGCAACAGGCGCAGCCUCCAGCUUCACGCUGGAGAGGCCAGCUGUCAAGCCUCAGACCCACGGGGUCAAAUGUCAGCAGCUCCCCGUGAGCGGACUCAGAGUCUCCGACGUGGAGCCGCAGUGCAACGGAGUGAUCCCGAACUCCGAGCCGCGCUUUUGCCUGUCUCCCUCUGCCACGCGGGCAGUCACGGACUACUUCUCCUCCCAGGGACGGGUGGACGCAGACACGUGCCUACGAAGGAGUCAGGAGGUGACCCUGUCCCUCGUCCAGGGGAAGAGGGAGUGGCAGAGCAGAAGAUGUAGCGACCCCCGCAUUGAAGACUUUGACCAGAUGUUCUUUGCUGAGGAGUCUUACGUUUAAAAGGCCGGGAUUCAUUAAGGUCUGCCUUGUGUAUCUUUUUAUAGUGUCCUUAUUUACCGUAU